GGAUGUGUUGGAUCUACAAGUCUGAUCCACUGUGGCUCAACUUCACAACUUACAGGAUUUGAAGGAUCUGCUGCUAAUGUCUUGGUGCCAGAUACCACCGGACACCUUCAGGAGUCAUAUAGAGUCCAUACCUCAGCAGGAAACCCGAGCGGUUUACGAAGAACGACGUUUCGUUAUUUCUUAUGAUUGCCAGCGUCCCUAUCCUAUAGGACGUAUGUGAUGGUAAAAAUCAACACAGUUUUCAGCUAGCUGUGGAAGUAAAUGUGGAAAGAUGCACGAUAUAGUCAUUCUGCAGAACUUUGAGAUCUACAUCCCUAAAGAAGCAGAGGUGAAAACCACCCUCAUUCACACCCUGCCAAACAGCGUAUUGAGAAGGAUGGGGGUGCCCUGCUCUCAAGGUAACAGAGCAACAAGAGGGUCCUCGCUUUUGGCCACAUGGAUCUCUCCAGUGGUCCUCAGAGAGAGAUCUUCACCCGUCAGCCCCACAGAAAACACAGUCAAGCAGAACCUGGCAUCUCUGGUGUCCAAGGAAGCCCAGGGUCCCUUCUUGAUGCCGUUCGUCUCCUCCAGCUACACUGCCUUCAAGGUCCUUACAGAGUUCCUGCCCUCCAGACAGAACCUGCGGCAGGGUACUCGCACUCAGGACGCCCCCCUUCCUCAAGGCCAUCCCCCAUCCCCCCCCCAGGACACCAUCAUUAUCCACCAUGGGAGGAUCUUCCUGUCAUUCACAAAGGCAAAAACUGUCAGAGGAAAGAGGCAGCAUGGCCCUGACCUGAAAAAAUCAUUGCCCUUUGAGGAGCCUCCACAGACCACACAGGCAGAAAUGAUUUACCUUUCUCCUGCCAGAAAGAGACCAAUGAAACAUCAAGGUGAAAAAGAAUUGCUGCAGAGCUUUGGUCUGACCCACCAAGUCCAGGUGGAGUUGUCCAGAAUCUCUCCGGGGGACCUUGAGCGACAGCAGGCAGUUGAACAGUGUCUCUCUGCAGAAGAAGCUGUAAUCACAAAGCAAAAUCAAGUGGUACGAAAGUUAUUGAAUGCCAACAAGUUAUCAAUGGCGAUACCGGGCAGAUGUCUUGAACAGGAGGAGUUCAUGACCCAGGAACACAAGUCUCUGAUUGAUUCAAAUACAAGCGAUCAGCAACCUUGCUCAAGUGUAGAGUUAUUGUCCGGAGAUGGGAUUACCAGUGAGGUAGAUGAUGAUGAUGAUGAUCAGGAGGAGAAUCGUGAUGAAGAGAGUGGUCACAAUUUCAAAAGUGUCAAACGACAACAAGUUAAGGCAGAAGACCAAAGUAAGAAUGAAAAAGAGGUUGGGGAAAAGGGCCAAGCCACCCAUGGGGAAGAGCCAGAUGUGGGAGGCCUUUCCUCGGAUAUGACUGAUGCUUUGAUUGAUACAUCGGUUCCACCAGAGGCCGGCAAUGCAGAGGAAAGCAUGGACAUUCAGGUUUGUGCCACUGACAAGGUGGCUGAGUGCCCAGUCAUACAGUCUCUCUCCUCCACCCAAAUACAGUUCCACGGCUUUGACUUUGAGCAGUCUGCACGCAAGGAGAGAAUCAACCGCAUCCGGGCCAAACUGAGAGAGAGGGAGGCUGCUCUUAACAAUUUACGCCCACCAAGUUGACAUUCUCCAAACUGGGGUGAAUUUAUUUCUUAGGGCUUUCACAGAUGUAAGUUAAACUGGUAAAUAAUAAUGUGGAAACCCAUACACCUGUCUGCUCUUUAUCUUGCCGGUGUGAUCCAUUAUCUUAUGUGCUCAGAUAUUUUGCCUGAGAAAUAACCCAUUAAAAGGAUAGUUCACCCAUAUUAAAAAUAUUUAUUGAUGUCCUUACCUUGUAAGGAGUCAAUGGACAAAGUAUACAAGGAAUCCAUGCCUUGGUGUAGUUUCCCUGGCACUAUUUCUAAAUUAGAGAUGUCUAACCGGUUCCAUGGAGGGUCGAGUGUCUGCAGGUUUUCGCUCUCACCUUAUGCUUGUUUAGUUAAUUUGGUCACCAAUUAAUUAAGAUCUUCUUUCACUGGUUCUAUUUGGUCUCUGUUGGGCACCAACUGAACAAAAAAAAACUACAACCGGCAUACACUCGGCCCUUCGUGGAACCGGUUUGACAUCUGUUCUAAAUGCUUCCAAUUCCUAUUUCUGGCACAAAUCUGAUCCAAGUCUAGAGACCUGUAUUAGCAUAUUUUGGGCAACAUAUCCAAAUGAGCUUUACAAUACAUUUCAAAAAGUGUUUUAAAUGUAUUGUAAAACCCAACAAAAGCCUGUCGAGGUGAUAUAUAUGUAAGGUGAUCAUACAGAUGUGCCAUUUUAUUUGGGUGAACUAUCCCUUUAAAUAAAUCUUUAAUUACUUUAAGUGCAGAAAUACUUUAUUUGAUUAUCUGAUGCCACCAUAAGUUAGUAAAAAAUUAGACUCAACUUGUUACAUAAUUUAUUAGUGAAAGCACAAAACCCCAAAUGGCAGCAAAGGAACUAGAGAUAUUGAAGGCUGCAUAAUGUUUUGUUCAUUCUCAUAACUGUCGACCUUGUGCAAUAAAGCAACCAAUGUCUGUA